CGGUGUAAGGGGGUCGUCCAGGCUAUCGGAUCCGGGAUCUGCUCACAGUUAUAAGCAGACACACGCAGGCUUGUUCGGGGCAGAGCCGGACGGACGGAGGGUGGAGGAGGAGGAGGACUUUCACGGGGGUGGUCGCGGAGUUUUCAACUUUUAUUCAUUGACCCCGGGCGAUUUAAGGGACGGUUAGAAAAGUUGGAAACGGCAGAGACACGUUUUACUUUUGGGGUCUGGAUCUUUUAUUUUGUCACCCGUGAAGACUCCGAGGUGCCGGACUGCGAGCGAGUAACUCCCCCUGGAAGUAUCACUCUUCAGCCGGCUGCUGGGGUUUUAGCUCGGCUUUAGCCUCCGGAACUUCACUUUAGCACAGCGGACAUAUUCAAUAUCGCCACCAUGGAUAAAUACGAGGAUUUGGGACUGGAGGCGAGUAAGUUCAUCGAGGACCUGAACAUGUACGAGGCAUCCCGGGAUGGUCUGUUUCGGACGAGGAGGGAUGCGGGAAACAACCCAGACUUUGAGGAGACACGAAAAGUCUUCGCUUCUAAAAUGACUAAAAUCCACAUGCAGAAGCACCAGGAGGAGAUGGCCAAAACCACCCAGGCCAUUAAAAUGAAUGGAGGUCACAGCAGCACUUAUUACACCAAAGACAGGCCGCCCAUCAACAGUUUCAGGCAGCCGGGGGAGGCGGCAGCGAAGCCCCCGAUGCUCUCCGGCCCUGCGUCGGGCACCGGGAGCCAGUACGCGCCGUUUGACGGCCACAAACACCACCCGGGCGUCCAGUGUGAGCUUCCGGCAGGUCGGGCGCAUGGCUACGGGAACAGCUACGACAACCAGGAGUCGCAGAACAGCAGCCCUACUCCUCCUCCGAGCCCAGGAAACGCGUCUCACUGCGCGCCCACACAUGCUCGUCACCCGGUCAGCCAGCCGGCCGCCUGGGCCCCCUGCCGGGAGAGCCAGCUCUCUCCCUGUCCGUCUGAGGGCAGCACUUCAUCUCAGCCCCCGCGCCUCCCUGCGCCCCCCACCGACAACAGCCUUCCAUCACAGCAGAGCCAGUCUGGCAUCACUGCUUCUGUUAACCGGAGUCCACCCUCCUCGGCCGGGCCAGCUAGGGGUUGGGCCGGAGAACCUCCUGGCUCGGUCAGACCAGACCUCAUCCCCGCCCUGCCUCUGAGUGCCUUCACCGGGGGAGCAGAUUUCCACGUGCAUCAGUCCUCCACGCAGCCUGCAGCCCACUACGCACCACCUUCUCCUACUUUAAGAUCCUCUCCCAUCCACAAUGGUCCUGGCAGAGCUUCCCCUAUCCGACCUGCACCCCCUGAAUCACCUCAACCCAAGGCCCAGUUGGCAUCUGCUGCCUUCAGCCAUGCCACUGUCUCCAAAAGCAGCAGCCAGAGUCAAGGUCAGAGCCAAAUACCGAGCUGUGGACAGGCUGUCAUUGCUGAAGCCGAGGCCCUCCGUUUCCCCAGGGCGGCCCAGCCACCCUGCCAGCCUCUACUCACGCAGCCCCCUGACCAAGGGCCCUCAGCUGCUGAAAUAAAACUAGAAGCUCUCACUAAACGUCUGGAAAAAGAGAUGGAUGCCCAGCCAAAGGCAGACUACUUCGGAGUGUGUGUGAAGUGUAACAAGGCAGUGCAUGGAGCCAACCAGGCCUGCCAGGCGAUGGGAGGCCUCUACCACGACAGCUGCUUCACCUGCAGUGCCUGCAGUCGAAAGCUGAGAGGGAAGGCUUUCUACUAUGUCGGAGGGAAGGUUUUCUGUGAAGAGGACUUUCUGUACUCUGGUUUUCAACAGUCUGCAGACAAGUGCAACGCCUGUGGACAUCUGAUCAUGGACAUGAUCCUGCAAGCCCUCGGGAAGUCCUACCACCCCGGCUGCUUCCGCUGCGUCGUCUGUAACGAGAGCCUUGAUGGAGUGCCCUUCACCGUGGACACUGAAAACAAGAUCUACUGUGUCAAAGACUACCACAGGGUCCUGGCCCCGAAAUGUGCCGCGUGUAAUCAGCCCAUCCUGCCCUCAGAGGGGUCUGAUGAAACCGUUCGAGUUGUAUCCAUGGACAAGGACUACCACGUGGAAUGCUAUCACUGUGAGGAUUGCAAGAAGGAGCUGAACGACGAGGAGGGUCACCGCUGCUACCCCCUGAACGGCCACCUCCUCUGCCACUCCUGCCACCUGAAGAACAUCGAGCCCGGCUGCUCCUCUCCUGUCACGACCUCCUCCUUCUGAAGCCUUCCGUAGGCGAACGGAGACGCCUGGUGGACGUAACAGAGAACUGCCAAAGAGUGACUUGAACUGCAGGAGCGUACACGUACAAUUCUUGUUGUAGAGGAUUGAUUGAUUUAAUGCCUCAAAUAAUACUACGGUUAGGUUUGUGUUCUGACAGGAAUGUUAAUAGGAAGGUUAAGACGCAGUGAUGAAGUAUGUAAUUCACCAAAACUCUUCUUUGAAUGCUAUAUAUUGACUUUGCAGUAAGUUUUGCCAAUAUCAUUAUUUGUAUGUAAAUAUCAGUUUCAUUGGCCGUGUAAAUAUCUUAUAGUCAAUUUCUUUUAGAUACAGUGUGCCUUCAAAUCCCCUUUCACGCUCCUGCUGUUAAAUUACAGCUCAACAUGCAUCUACAAAUCCUCUGUCCAAAGGUUCUGCUAAGAUUUACUGGAAUAUGUGUAGGUAAAGUCCACGGAAAUCCCUGGUACCUAAUGUUUGAGUCAGACAGAGAGGAUAACCUAAUAUACAGUCUUCUGUCUGAAGUGUUCCUUCUCUUUAUAUAGUGGUUACCAGUGGUCGAGUUAGGGGAUCCGACAGCACAAACCCUCACUCUAUUGAAUCACACACAGAGCCAGCGAUUUUGUUCAUUUCUCAUAUGCAAUAAGUUAUGACUUCUCAAUACAAACAUUUCAUUGAAAAUGUUUCUAUGCCUUUCUGAACUCGAAAUGUUUCUACGACUUUUGUCUAGUCUCAUCAGGAAUGCAGAGGAAAGCCAGGUAAUUGUUGUUUGUCACAUGCAGCCUGUUAGCACUUAUGCUACAUGUUUGAGUUUUCUAUGCACCUAUGAAGGGGUUAGGUUUUAGACCUGUAGAGCUACAUAUUCUGUUACAGCUGCGUUAUGAUGAAAAGAUGAUACACAUUGUAGGUCUAUGUUAAUUUACUCUUGAUGCAUUUGGGCAAAAAUGCACCCCUGUGAUACUGAUGUGAUUUGCAGUGGUAAGAGCAGUUUGGAUUUAUCUAUCUUUGCCAUCCAAAUGUUAUCAGUGUCUUCAAACAUAUACAUAUGUGCUGUCAAGAAUAUAUAUUUAAUAAAUGCAUUGCAAUUUAAAGACUUG